GGAGAACUUCAAGAAGUUCAUCUCCCAGUGGAGGUAAGAGUGUUUUUCCCAUUAGCAGUUGUGCAUUUUUAUGCAUCAUGGGCUCCUCCAUGCGACCAAGUCAACAAAAUGCUGAGAGAUUUAAAGGUUUAUCCCUUUUUAGCAUUCAUCGAUGCAGAAGGUGUAGCUGAAGUGUCGGCUAUGUAUUCGAUUUCAGCAGCUCCUACUCUAUUAUACUUUAAGGAAGGAAGAGAGGUUGAUCGCGUGGAUGGAUAUAAACCAAGCGAAACUGAGACGAAACUCAUUAAGCAUUCCUUCGACAUCGCCGCCAUGCCACUUCAAGCGUCAGUAGAAGCCUCUGUGCCAAUUCCAUCGUCAAAAGGACCUAAAGAGGACUUGAAUACCCGUUUGAAGAAGCUAAUAGAAUCUAAUCGUCUUAUGCUUUUCAUGAAAGGAUCUCCAAACAAUCCAAAAUGCGGCUUUUCAAGACAAAUUGUUGGACUUUUGAAUGAUCUGAGUGCAAGCUAUGGUUCAUUUGACAUUCUUCAAGAUGAGGAAGUAAGGCAAGGUCUUAAGACGUAUUCGAAUUGGCCAACGUUUCCACAGCUGUAUCUUGACGGUGAGCUCAUUGGUGGCCUCGAUGUAUUUCGUGAGGAACUCCAAGAUAGCGAGUUUGUCGCUAAGCUACCCAAGAAACAGCGAAAUGACUUGGAUACGCGUCUAAAAGCUCUGAUAAACUCUCACAAGCUGAUGCUGUUUAUGAAAGGCGAUCGUCAGCAACCACAGUGUAAAUUUUCUCGUCAAAUUAUUGAUUUGCUGGAUGGAGUUGAAGCAGACUAUUCUACUUUUGAUAUCCUCAAAGACGAGGAGGUGCGACAAGGGCUAAAAUCUUUCUCCAACUGGCCAACGUAUCCUCAGUUGUAUCUCAAUGGUGAGCUACUAGGAGGACUAGACGUGGUCAAAGCGGAGAUGUCUGAUGUGGACUUCGUUUCCUCGUUGCCGAAAAAGUCAGAUCCUCGUUAA